GUUGAAUGCUAAAGGAUAAUGAACAUAUUGAGUAAAUAGUCUCUUAGCAUUGUGGUGCCAAGAUGUUCAGUAAUGAAAAUUAUGCCAACUUCACAUGGAGUAUAGACAAUGACACUUGUUUAAUGAGUAAAAGAGCUAAUAAAACUGCGAUCAGUAAUGUUUAUGAAGGCAUUCCAGAGACAAUUAUCCUGAAUGUUGUAUCCUGGCUGCUGCUCAUCCUUUUAUUUGCCAUACUGAGAAAUCGAGCUUGGGAUUAUGGAAGACUAGCACUUGUCCACACUGAAAAAUGGACACAGCUAUUUUACAAGAACACAGAUGAUGCUGUAGCUGUGGAGGAGGCCAGCCAUGAAGUAUCACUCAUGCCUGAUACUGGCUGCCUGUGGUUUCCAUCAAUAUUCAAGAUAACCAGAAGCAGAAUUUUUGCCAGAUGUGGUCCAGAUGCAUCACAUUACUUAUCCUUUCAGAGGCAGCUGUUGCUCUUGAUGGCAGUCAUCACAGCCUUUUCAGUAUGUGUCAUUUUGCCCAUCAAUUUCCAAGGUGUUUUACUUGGUGAUAGAACUACUUUUGGCCACACCACUAUUGGCAACCUCAACUCUGAUUCAAAGUGGCUAUGGGUGCAUAUCACUGGCUCCAUACUUGUUGUGCCUGCAAUGAUUUUCAUCAUGAGGAAGUGCUCAGGGAGGAAUCCCAGUACCACUGUUCUAUCUUCCAAAACUGUCAUGGUCACUAAUAUAUCAAAAAUGCACAGAAACACAGAAGACAUCAAAAACUACUUCAUUGUACGCUAUCCAGGAAUUGAAAUUAGAGAUGUGAAAAUAGCCCACAGAGUGAAAACUCUAACUCUCCUAGAACAGCUUAGGGGAAAAGCACAUGAAGCUAGAUCAUACUGUUUGAGCAAUGUGCAAAGAAACCUGCAAAUACAGCCCCAUGGGUGUAUAGCAUGUUGUCCAUGCAAUACUGUAGAUGCUUUGGAAUAUUACACCAGAGAGGAAGAGCACCUGAAUCAGUUGGUGACUUCAGAAAGAACAAAAGCCCUACAAAGUCCUCUUGGCAUAGCCUUUGUUACUUUGGGAUCUGAAGAAAUGGCUCAACAUGUCCUGAGAUCCUUUGAAGGAGGGUCCCACAGGAACUGGGUUAUAUUCAAAGCUCCAUCUCCUUCAGACAUUAACUGGGAGAACCUGGAAAUUUCCUACAGGAACUGGUAUUCAAAAGCAAUAAUCAUCAAUGUUUUAUUAUUCAUCAUUCUGUUCUUCCUCACCACCCCAGUUAUAGUAGUGAACUUUUUCAAUAACCUAACUGAGAACUUCACCUCCAAAGAGGUCAAUUCUAUCAGUAAGACAAGCCCUCUGAUUUCAGAAUUCCUACCAACCCUCCUCUUGUUGUCCAUGUCUGCUGUUAUGCCUGUAAUAGUGGCUUACUCAGAUGAAUGGAUGUCACACUGGACAAAGUCCAAGCAAAAUCAUGCCACCAUGUACAAAACAUUUUUCUUCUUGCUUUUCAUGGUUCUAAUCUUACCUUCUCUUGGUUUGACUAGUGCCCAAGCUUUUGUGGAAUGGUCUUUUCAGUCCAAAAACAUAACCCUGCGCUGGGAGUGUAUUUUUCUGGCUGACAAAGGUGCGUUUUUCGUCAACUAUGUGAUUACAUCAGCCUUAAUCGGGACGGCGUUGGAACUUUUGCGUUUUCCCGAGUUGGCAAUGUAUGCCUGGAGAUUGCUGCACAUCAAAUCUGAAGCUGAGAAAACUACCAUUCGCAAGGAAAUUCUCUCUGUAUUUCCUUUUGGCAUUCAUUAUGCUUGGACUUUACUCAUUUUCACUGUUAGUACGGUUUACAGUUUGACUUGUCCUCUAAUCACUCCAUUCGGCCUUCUGUACUUGAGUUUGAAACAUUUAGUGGACAAGUACAAUAUCUACUAUGUUUAUCGUCCCAUAACCAUGUCUGGUGAGGGUCAAGAAAUCCACUCUGAUGCUGUCAAGAUGGUGAGAGUGGCUAUCCUACUCCUCCAGUUGAUCACAGCUCUGUUUUUCUUUCUGAGAGCAUACUUGAAUGCUACAACUUGUGUUGCUUUCCUAGGUUUUGCAUUGACCAGUAUGUUCUUCUUCUUGGUUGGCCCUUUUCCAUCUUGCAAACCAGUUGAUAGGAGUUCGUCAACCUUGCCGGAUGUGAAUGAAGAAUAUAUCGCACCUGUUCUGAUCAGUUCCAGUGCCAUUGAUAUGAUUGAGGUGGACAGGUCUUCUCCUACUUUCUAUGGCUCCUCUCAUGUCAAUGGAAAUGGUGUGAGAAUAUUGCCGGACAUUGGUUCCAGUGAAGCUUAAGGGUUCUUUCAUGCUUCUUUAUUUGGGCUGUGACUAAUUCUAGUAGAUAUGUGAAGAGUAAGAGAUUUACUGAUAUUGGAAAGAGGUUAUCUGUAAUAGGAGUAUUGCGAUUUAUUGUGGUUUUAUAACCAAUAUACAGUGUUCCUAAAUUCCACGGAAACCAUCUAAAAUAUUCGAUGAUGCUCUUGUUUUUACUCCUAAUGAAUGAGUUUUCUGAUGAUUAAGAACUAUAUUCCAGAGAUUUGAAUUACUACUCGAAAUUUUUUAAGGAAUUUUAGCAUUUCUCAAGAUUUUUCCAAAAACAGAUUGUGCUUUGUUAGAUGAAACUUUUUCAAUUGACUAAUGGUGCAAAAUAAUCUGAAAUCAAAAGAUUUUGCUGAAACCGAUUUUUAAUAAUCUAUUAUCUACAGCGAAUUUUUAUAUUUCUACUUUCA